GUUUGUUGUAAAGGGGCUGAGGCGCGAGCCGUAGACUCGCUGCACGGACGCUGACAGCUGCGCGCGCGCGUUAAACCUCUCCGAGUUUAAAUGUUAAACGACCUUCAAAUUCACUGGAUUUUAUUUGAGUGCGGCUAAAAGGAUUUUGUCCUUAAUAAGAGACAGAAGCUGGUGGGAAGAGUUUGGGAAAGUUUGAAGCAAAACAACAAACAUUACUUGGGCUGAGUGUCAGCAGCACCAUGAAGCCCUUCUUCCGUCUGCUGCUACCCUUGCUCCUCUAUCUGCAUUUGGCCUCCUGGGCAUUGGCCAGUAGCUGUCCAAAAGACUGUUCCUGUUCAAGUCAUGACUCCAUUCUCUGUUAUACACGCCAGGCCAUAACCAUGCCUUCUGACGUACCUGCAUCAACAAAAAACCUGUAUGUCUUUAAGAAUGGCAUUGAGACCAUAGACCAGGAAGAUUUUAUUGGGUUGGAAAGCCUAGAGAUGCUCGACUUAAGUCAGAACAAACUGAAAGAACUACCAGAUCGGGUGUUUGAGCCACUAUCUUCCCUACGUAACUUGGAUCUUUCAUCUAACCAAAUCACCCAUAUUUCUCAUCAGAGUUUUGCUGGACUGGAGUUGCUGGAAAGGCUCUAUCUUCACACCAAUGUCAUUAAAAGCAUACACCCUGCAGCUUUUGCUGGUCUGGAGCAGUUACUCGAGUUAAAGCUGUACAGAAAUGAGCUAGCAACAGUACCUGCUCUUGAAAUGCCCCAUCUGCUUCUUCUGGAUCUGCGGUUCAAUAAAAUCCCUUCACCAGGCCCAACUGACAUCCAGACACCCAAAUUAGAGUCACUUAAGUUGGGUGGAUUAGGGCUGAGCACUCUGAAUCAGGAACUCUUGGGUAGCUUCAAGAACCUUCAUGAGCUGGAUAUUUCAAACAAUCAACUGAAGGUUUUACCUCAAGUGCUUUGGAAGGCAAAGGGCUUGGUCAGACUCAGUUUAGCUGGCAAUCCUGUAGGUCCAUUAAAGUGGGAAAAUUUUGAGAACCUGAAUGAACUGCAGGAGUUGGACAUCAGCAACCUCAGUCUGCAGAGUUUGCCUGAUAACAUGACCCUGCUCUUCCCUCACAUGAAGAAAAUUACUGUUGCAGAGAAUCCCUUUAACUGUCUCUGCACACUUGCCUGGUUUCCCAACUGGCUGCGCAACAAACAGAUAUCGCUGGGAAGGACGGAGGAGACCCGCUGUCAUUUUCCACCCAGAAAUGCAGGAAAGGUGUUGGAAAGACUAGGACAUCAUGAAUUUGGAUGCCCUUCAAGGACUACUAUCAGUCCAGCUAAGACCACCACACUGGUCCCACCUCUAAUCACCACUUUGCAUACCACAACACAUGCAAUUCUCCCUCUUAAGCCUAGCGAUGAACCUUCUUUAGAGACAGACAGUCAUCCUCUACUUCCAGACCCAGCUUCCCCAAGCAGCAGUACAGGAUCAGAUCCGAAUAUAAAUUUUUGUCCGCCCAGUAUCUGCCUAAAUGGAGGCACAUGUUGGCUAGAUCAUCAACGUCAUUUUGGGUGCAUUUGUCCCCGUGGGGCUUCAGGGAAAUAUUGUGAAAAUAAGGUGGAUUUGGAUCUACCUGAAAAUUUCUCUACAGCAACAGUCAGCGGGAUGUCUGAAAUCUUUGCAACAAAGGUAACAAGCUCAUCAAUAUUGCUAGACCUUUAUCGCUACAUUGAGAGGCGUCCAUAUAUUCGUGGUGUCAAACUAACUUAUAAAAACCUCUCAGGAUCAGAUAAACGUCCAAAGCAACUCAAUAUUCCAGCCUUUUAUGCAGAGUACACAGUGCGUGGACUGCUUCCAAAUUCCACUUAUUUCAUCUGUGCCAGUCCACUGGAUGAGCCCAAUGAUGAAGACAGUGUAUGCACAGAAGCUCAGACAUUAAACCAGCAGUACACCAGUGCACAAGUAGAAGAUCCAAAGCUCACAACAAUGCUUGUGCCAGCAUUGGCUAUUCUUUUCCUGUUAGUGCUAGUGGCAGUUGCUGUUGGUGUGGCUUGGUACAUAAACAAAAAAAAAAGAAAACAAUUACAAUUGUAUUGUGACCCUUCCCAACUGGAAUUGGAGGGUGUUAAAGCAGACAUGGACAAUGGAGCCCUGCCACAAAAACAGCCAGAUAUUAUGUCAUCUCAAUCAGCAGUGCAGAAAGAUUAUUUAGACUAUGAGAUGCCACUCAUACAAGAUUGCUGUGUUGCAAACAACUUGAACACUUUAAAGCCAUCCUGAGUUUGAUACUUGGAGCUACUUUUUAAAGAGCAAAGGAAAAUAAAGCAUGAAUUCUAUGAUCUUGUCAGCACUGUUUCAGCAAAUGAAACAAAAUACAAAUAUAUGAGAAAUGCUGGCUGUUUAAAUGUCUUCACUUAAAACCAGCGGUAUAUUGGGCAAAAAUGUAGCACAAAAAAAGAUGGUUGAACCAUCAAGGCAUUAUUUUGCUGAGUAGCCCACAUGUAGAACUCUGGAACGUUUGUGCUUGGAGAACAAUGUACAACGUGUUUAAAAAUGAAGAUAAGGACUUCUUUAGUUAUGUAAAGACAGAUAAUUGUGUUGGUUUUAAUUGUGGCACAUGAAGUCAGCAUUUAUUUUUGCAUAUUAAUGUAUAUUACUGAUUGUUUAAGUUUGUGUGUUUUCAGUAUAUAAAUACAAGUUCUUCUUCCUUUGCCUCUUAACUAUGAGACAACAAAAAUUCUGAAUAUAUAUAAACACGCUAGUACCAACGAUUCAAUCAAAGAAUUGUUUCUACAAAGAAAGACUGUCUAGAUAAUAGACAAGAAAAUAAUUGAAAUUAACUAAAGCCCCUUUUAUACUUGAGCCUUGUUUUUAAUCUUUCGGAAACAGGUUAGUAAAUUUAAAAAGUUACAUAUUGUACACAAAUCCUCAUUAGUACAUUUAUUUUGUUAUCUACAUCAGAUGGGCAUAACAGUUUCCAAGAGUUUCAAGUUUUCAAGAGACACAAGUUUCCUGUAUCUCACAUAAAAACAAUGAAAGAUCCUAUUGUAACACAUUUCAAAUGACUGUAUAUUUUCCUACAGAUAUUCUAGUGAGUACAUUUUCUUUAUUGAUAUUUAACAUGCAAAAGUAAAUUAAAAGGGAAAUUACAGUGGCAAAGUGGUAUAGCACUUCCAAAAUCCUAUUAUUAUUUAAAUCCGUUUAACAUCUUGUGCUUGAGCCUUUUUCACGAGUCACCCAUUAAAGGUUAUGAAAUGUUU